AGACGCGGAACCCGGAAGUGAGGGCGCUGCGCGACGGAAUGAGGAUUGAUCCUUCGGCGGACAACAGAAUGUCGCAGGAGCAAGGGUCGGGGUCCGCCACGCCUUCCAGUUCUCCGACACUUCUGGACACUCUGCUCCAGAACCUCUACGACUUUGGAGAGACGGAAGGUGAAACAGAACAGCAGAAGAUCCUAAAGAAAAGGGAAAACAGGAAGAGAGAUGUGGAGGGUGCAACAGCCGUGGCAGCAGAGCCAUCUCCCCUACCUUGUUCUCUCAUAAGAGGCCAGAGGAAGAGUGCUUUAAGCUUCUUCAAGGAAAUCAGAGAAGAGCUGCGUUGUUCUCCUGCUGGCACCCCCACAGGUCCCUCUUCAGGACCAGAGAUCCUUGCUCCUGCAGUUCCUACCUCUUCCCUAGAGAACCAUAGGGAACAAGUAGAAGUGGUAGAAUUUCACAGCAGAAAUAAAAAAAGAAAACCGAAGCCAGAUCAUAACAAGAGCACACAGCAGACUAAAACUAGUGUUUUGGAGAGAGAUGUGGAUAUACAAGAAUUUAACCUAGAAAAGGCUCGUUUAGAAGUACACCGGUUUGGGAUCACGGGUUACGGAAAAGGAAAGGAGAGAAUCCUGGAACAGGAACGUGCCAUCAUGCUGGGUGCUAAGCCUCCUAAAAAGAGUUAUGUGAAUUACAAGGUUUUACAGGAGCAAAUUAAAGAAAAAAGGGCAGCAAAGGAAGAAGAAAAGAGACUGGUCCAAGAAACAGAUAUUUUCAAGAAAAAGAAGAGGAGAGGACAGGAAGACAGGAAAUCCAAAAAGAAGAAGUCCACUCCCAGUAUUUUGUCCAGUGGACGGAUUGGACAGGUUGGAAAAUUCAAAAAUGGAACAUUGAUUCUGAGCCCAGUUGAUAUCAAGAAAAUAAAUUCUUCCAGAGUGGCCAGAUGAAGUACUUUAUCAGAUACAACAAGGAAGGGGAACAACCGAGCCAGCUGCAGACACUGGACCCCGUGAGACCCUAGACAGAUCGUUCUUACCACACGCUUCACAGACUGCUUCGUUUCGAAGGAAAGAAAGUCAGACAGAAGUAACAUUUCCAGUUGCUGAAGCGUCUGCUUCAUGGUGCUGAACGCACCAGGCCAAGUGCAGCAUGAAUGUGAAGUGAAGCUACCGAACAGUGUCUUUUAAUGUUCUCCAGCAAGCUUUGCUCCUGUUUCACGUUUACUGGCAUUUGGUGCAUUUGCUUGUAAUACAAUUUUUUUAUAACUACUGUUUUGUAAAUACUAGUAGUUUACAUUAAAUUGCCUUAUAAUAUUUUUUAAUGAUUUCAUGUUACGAUAUCAUGAAAGAACCAAGCAUUGGGUAAUUUAUCAGUGUUGUGGAAAAGCAGUUUUAAUGUUUAGCCUACCAUGUGUACAAAGUCUACUUCGUAAGAAGUGAUAUAAAUAAAAUACAACUUUUGUAGUA